UCUCAAGACAGUCUUAUUGUAGGCCGCUGACGGAUGACCGCAGCUUUCGUGUUGAGAAUUGCUGGCUCGCGUGGUCCGAGAUGCUUUAACGUUCCCGUUGAAGAAUUGGGAAAAAGGGGGAUUAUCCAUCGGUAUCUCGGAAUCCGGUCUUUACCUACGUGUACAGAGCUCGGGCUCGUGCAUCGCCACGACAGAUGUUGGGCUACGAUCGCCAGGAGUACGUACAUAUAAGGUCGGGAUGAUCGCGCUGGAAUAAAGAAAAAAAAAAGAGUUAUCAUUCAAUCAACCAAUAUUUCAAACACAAUUACAUUACAUAUUAAUAUCUAAUAACUACCUACCUACAUCUAAUUGAUAUUCGAUAGUUAUUCUUAAUAUCAUACCAGAUAUCAUCAUCUAAUAUUCAAAAUGCUCGCCUCAAUCAUCACACCUCUUACCUUCCUUGCCCUCGUUGGCGCUACCCCAGUCCCGAAGGCUGCCCAACAACUUUCCCGAUCUAAGGGUUUCCAGCUCAAGGCAGAACUUCGAGACCAGACCAAGGAUUUAGACCCUUCCGUUGCGGGCACCUACCUCUCCGGCAUCCACGUCGGUGCCGGCCAGAACAUCGCGGUCGUAUCCACGAGCAACCCCGGCUCUUCCACACCCUACUACAGAAACGGCACAGAAGGCUGGGUUGAUGUUCUGAACGACCUGGGCACCGAAUUCCCGUGGGGUUUCAUCGUACAAGAUUCGGAAAGCACCGAUGCUACUUACCCCGGCGAGCACGACGCGAGCAUCAACGUGGGCGGUGGCAGCAACGGAAUUACGAUUGCGAAGACCGGAGACUCGGUGGCGCUCAGUGGCCUCGCACCCGGUUACUACGCCGUAUGCGAUCGAUUCGUCGGCUACGUGCGCGCAAACAUGCAAGUUGUGCGAUACGUGUACGAGGGCGAGACUCUGCCGGAGAACUGCGCCGCUGUCAACUUCGUGCCGCAGUGCGCGACUCUGAACGACCUUCCCGCCACCUCGGAAUGGACUCACGAUUUCGUCCAGGAGGUCGACUGCGUCGUCCCCUCUGCUUAAGGGAUUAAUGAUAAGGGGUUGUUUACCCAGAAUUUUAGAAGACAGGGGCGAUGAGGGAUACGGGAAGCGAGAAUAUAAUAUGCAUUGGAAUUCGAUACUAUUAAUAAUCUAAUAGAAAGACGCAUACAGUAGGACGGCACACGCUAUGCUAAAAGUCGCAGCCAUGCCAAUAGGGCACAUCGGCUUAUUUAGAUAUCGAGAGGUAUCUCUUCAAUAUAAUAAAACCAUUAAGAAGCACCA